AUGUCUGCAUUAAAAUUAGUGGGUGAAUCUGUGAUGACAUACGCUACUCAAAGUAAUGAACUACGGUACGCCGUUCGACGUAUAACUUCAUGUAUUAGUAGUGAAGUUCCCCAUGUUAUCACUGAAAGGAAAUCGAUACCGGAAUUAAGGAAUAAAAUAGGUGUACUUCUGGUGAAUACCGGUACACCAGCUAGUUAUGAUUAUUGGACGGUAAGACACUAUCUGCAAGAAUUUCUUAGUGACCGACGAGUUAUUGAAUUACCCCGAAUCGUCUGGUGGCCCAUCUUGUAUAUGUUUAUGCUAACAGGAAGACCAUUCACCAUAGGGAAAAUCUAUAAAUCUAUAUGGAAUACAGUAGAGAACGAAUCACCAUUGCUUACUAUGACUCGUAAUCAAGCUUCUAAAUUGGCUAAUCGUUUACGUGAUGAAUCGAUUAUAGUUGACUGGGCAUUUCGAUAUGGUGAACCAUCAAUCGGUUCCCGAAUACAUAAAUUUGAAAAAAAAGGAUGUGACAAGCUUAUCUUGUUUCCCUUAUUUCCACAAUUCUCUAGUGUUACGAGUGCCUCCAUUUUCGAUGAAACUUGUCGUUGUCUAAUGAAGCAGCGUCAUCAAAUGAUUUUGUCCGUUGUGCCACCAUUUUAUGAUCACGAAUUGUAUAUCAUGGCAAUCUUUAAGCAUCUGGAUUCUGCCUUAAAAAAAUUCCGAUCAUCACCGCAAGUAAUUAUUGUUUCAUAUCAUGGAAUACCAUUGUCAUAUCAAGUCAGAGGUGAUCCAUACGGAUUCCAUUGCAAGUAUACAACAGAGCUCUUACGGCAAAGAUGGAAAACUUUAGACUGUGACUUAAUAACGACAUUCCAGUCCCGAUUUGGUCCCGGAGAAUGGUUGAAGCCAUACACUGAAGAUACCGUCAUUGAAUUGACCAAAUGUGGAGUGAAACGAAUUAUGGUAAUUGCACCUGGUUUCUUUAGCGAUUGUAUGGAAACAAUUGAAGAAUUGGAACUUAGACUUGCCGAUUCAUUCCGGAAACAUGGUGGAGAAGAAUACUUUUACGUGCCUUGCUUGAAUGAUAGUACAGAAGCAAUCGACAUCCUUGAAUCACUGUCUCGGAAACAUAUUCAAUGUUUUUUAUAA